AUGUUAAAGUAUCUAUUAUCAUCGGUUAAACCACAACCUGGUUAUCAAUCAGUUACAGUGCCAGCUGCAGCGUUGAAGAAGAAGAAGAAGAGUAGAUUUGUAGUGGGAUCUUCAAAGCAUACGAUGAGAAAGAGUUGGAAGCAGGGAUUGUUGGGAGGCACUGUUAUCAAAGAGAGUGUCAAGUGUCCCAAAGGCGAGAAUCAGAACGAUUGGCUAACCAUUCAUACAAUCGAGAUAUAUGAAACAAUGGAGCACUGCUUCGAUCUGUGCAAGGACUUUUGUACACCAGAGUCCUGUCCAAACAUGAUGGGAAGAAAGGCAUUAUACUUAUGGAGCGAUCAAAAGGAUAAGAAGCCUGUAUCAAUUCCUGCAAGAAAGUACAUUGAAAACCUCAUUCGUUGGACAGGUGAACAAAUAGAUGACACUAAUAUAUUCCCAUUGGGAGAUACCUAUUCCAAAGAGUUCUUGCCAACUGUGAAGAAGAUCAUGGCAAGAGUUAUAAGAGUAUACGCACAUAUUUAUUUCCAUCACUGGGCAAAUAUCAAGUCUGCUGGAGCAGAGAAGCAUGUCAAUACCUCCCUCAAUUACUAUCUCAACUUUGUCAAAGAGUUCCAACUCAUUAACGAAAGUGAUUUGGAGGAUAUCAAGCCUGUCUUUGAGGGAUUGGAU